CCUGCAUAUAAUCACCAGUUAUCAAGUGGCAUUUUUUUUGUUUAUCUGACUCAUUUUUACGGGGACAGUGAGCUUAUUUCAUCUUCAAUUUAAUUAGUCAAAUGAGAAUGGUGAUACAAAGAGGUAUGGAUGUUUUAUUUUGAUAAUUUUUCAUUAUCAAUUAUGAUUCUAAAUGUAAUAUAAACUAUCAUCAAAUUCAUAUGAAAAUUUUUUCAAUUGUUUAACUUGUUCAUUUCUUAAUUAGUCUGUAUUGAUAACACUUUCAGCCAUGUUAUUCCAACUAAGAUCUAACAUAUCUCACAUUAAACAUGCUAAUCAAUAUCAAUUAAGAUUCUUAUCUUCAUCGAUAAGAUGUUUGCAAGGUCAAAAUUUAACAGAAAAGAUUGUCCAAAAAUAUGCUGUCAAUUCAACUAAAUCAGUUCAUAGUGGAGAUUACGUUACUAUUAAACCUCAAUAUUGUAUGUCUCAUGAUAAUACUUGGCCUAUUGCUACCAAAUUUUUAAAUUUAGGAGCUAAAAAAGUUAAAAAUAAUAAACAAAUUGUAUUUACUUUAGAUCAUGAUGUUCAAAAUAAAUCAGAUAAGAAUUUAACUAAAUAUAAGAACAUUGAAGCAUUCUCUAAAGAAUUCGGUAUUGAUUUUUAUCCGGCUGGAAGAGGUAUAGGUCAUCAAAUUAUGAUUGAAGAAGGUUAUGCCUUCCCAUUGAAUUUAACCGUGGCAUCUGAUUCUCAUUCAAAUACUUAUGGUGGUAUUGGUUCUUUAGGUACUCCUAUCGUUAGAACUGAUGCCGCAUCGAUUUGGUCUACUGGUCAAACUUGGUGGCAAAUCCCUCCCGUGGCCAGAGUUGAAUUAAUCGGUAAAUUACCAAAAGGUAUUACUGGUAAAGAUAUUAUCAUUUCUCUUUGUGGGAUCUUUAAUAAAGAUGAAGUUUUAAAUCAUGCCAUCGAAUUCGUCGGUGAAGGGGUUAAGGAUUUACCUAUUGAUUAUAGAUUAACCAUUGCUAAUAUGACUACGGAAUGGGGAGCAUUAUCUGGUUUAUUCCCAAUUGAUCAAACUUUAAUAAAUUGGUAUGAAGAUAGAUUAACCAAAGUUGAUGCAAAUCAUGCUAGAAUUAAUCCAGAUUCGAUUAAUGAAAUCAAACAAAAUCAAAUUCAAUCCGAUAAUGAUGCUAAAUAUGCUAAAUAUUUAACCAUUGAUUUAUCAACUUUAUCAACUCCAUAUAUAUCAGGACCAAAUUCAGUCAAGAUUUCAACUCCAUUAUCAGAAUUAUCCGCUCAAGAAAUUAAAAUUAAUAAAGCUUAUUUAGUUUCAUGUACUAAUUCAAGAUUAAGUGAUAUUGAAGCGGCUGCUUCUAUCUUAAAGGGUAAGAAAGUUAAUCCUGAUGUUGAAUUUUAUGUGGCUGCUGCUUCAUCUCAAGUUCAAAAGGAAGCCGAAUUAUCAGGAGCUUGGCAAACUAUCUUGGAUGCUGGUGCUAAACCAUUACCCUCUGGUUGUGGACCAUGUAUUGGGUUAGGGAUUGGAUUAUUAGAAGAUGGUGAAGUUGGGAUUUCUGCCACCAAUAGAAAUUUCAAAGGUAGAAUGGGUUCUAAGGAUGCUUUAGCUUAUUUAGCAUCUCCAGAAGUGGUUGCUGCUAGUGCUAUCUUAGGUAAGAUUGGAGGACCUGAAGAAUUAUAUGAAGGUGGUAAAGUUACUCCUGCAGUUGAACCAAAAGUGGAAACUAUUAUCCCUACAUAUGAUGAUUCCGUUGUGGUUGAAUCAGGAGCUAAAGUUGAUAUCAUUGAUGGAUUCCCAAGUAGUAUUACUGGAGAAUUAAUCUUAUGUAAUGCCGAUAAUAUCAAUACUGAUGGUAUUUAUCCUGGUAAAUAUACUUAUCAAGAUGAUGUGCCCCCAGAAACUAUGGCAGAAGUAUGUAUGGAGAAUUAUGAUCCUGAAUUCCGUACCAAAGCCCAAAGUUCGGAUAUCAUCAUUAGUGGAUUUAAUUUCGGUACUGGUUCAUCUCGUGAACAAGCUGCUACUGCCAUCUUAGCUAAAGGUAUGAAAUUAGUCGUGGCGGGUUCAUUUGGUAAUAUAUUUUUCAGAAAUAGUACCAAUAAUGCAUUAUUGACGUUAGAAAUCCCAUCUUUGAUUAAUAAAUUGCGUGAGAUUUAUAAUGAUUCCAAAGAAUUAACCAUCAGAACAGGAUGGGAGUUGAAUUGGGAUAUUCCAAGUGCAAUGGUUACUGUUAAAGAUAAAUCCAACGGUGAAGUGAUUUUAACUCAUAAGGUUGGUGAAUUAGGUACUAAUUUACAAGAUAUUAUCGUUAAAGGUGGUUUAGAAGGAUGGGUUAAAAGUGAAUUAGCCAAAGCAUAAAAAAAUAAAAAUAAAUCUUUGAUAGGUUUAUAAGUACAUAGACAUAUAUAAUUAUAUAUAUACGUUGCCAAAAAGUAAUUGUAUUAUUUAUUCAUCUUAU